GCGUACACAAACACACACACACACACGGCGAAGGGGGAGUGUCAUUGUUGACCCAAUGGUUUUACUGGCUCUGGUGGGAGGCUACUCGCUCUGAAAGGAGGGAUGAGAGGAGGUUAGGCGGAAAAAUAGGAAACCGGUGGAUGUCCGUGAAUAGCAAAACCCCUCAGGCUCCCCGACAGACUGAUAUGUCAUUGGACCAAUGGGGUGUUGACAAUGCAGGCGCAGAGGUUGACCAGGUGAGAUGUAAGACCCGCCCACUGUGUGUUCUACUUCACCUGCAGAGGAACAGGAAUCUGUAGAAGAAAAAAAAAGACCCCAACAAUUCUGCUGAAUCAAAAUCAACUGAAGUGAUUUAAAGAAAAUGGCGGAAAAUCUAACAAAUGGGUACUGGUAGUGAAUGCCACUACAAACCACCUCAACCUUCCCCUUGAGAGAGGAUUGCACCUCCUGCUGAUUCCUUGACAUCUGGCAGAUUCUUUUCUUAGAUCUCAUGUAUUUGGUACAUUGCAAUCAACCCCAGGCGUCCUGCUGGCCCACCAACCCAUUAGACCAAGAGGACAUCCAGGCGUCCUGCUGACUCACCAACCCAUUAGACCAAAGGUCAGAGGGCAACAUCAGAGUUAGCUUAGGGUUACAACAUCAGGACUUACAAGUCUCAGUAAGGGUUAUCUCUUCAAGAGAGUGGGAUUCCAAAUCACCUCUGAAACACAGUUCCACAGCUCUGAUCCCUCCCUUCUCUGCGCCCGCUGAGAGGAGGUACCUGUCUGUCUCUUCAUUUUCCUGUCUCUGUCUGAGAGAGACCCAAGAGCCAGAGUCCCACCGUUUGGGUCUCUCUCUCCUCUUUCUCUGUCUGGGGAGAACCUGGUCUGCACCUUUCCGCCCUGCUAAGUAGGGGGAACUAUAGCAGGCACCAUGGGGUGUGGUGGCAGCAGGACUGAUGUUCUGGAGCCCAGGUACCUGGAGAGCUGGACCAAGGAGACAGAGUCUACCUGGCUGACUAGUACAGACACAGACAUCCCACUCUCCUCCAUACAGAGUAUGGAUAUCCCUUCUGAGAAUUCAUCGGAAAGCUUCGUCUCUGAGAAAACCAUCACACCUGAUGCAGAUUUCUUUGAAGACGGCUUGCCUGCCCCAGCCCAGGCCUAUCUGCAGGUGUGCUCUGACAUGUCUGAAGCAGGACUGAACAAUGUAAAGGCGAGUGCCCAUCCUGCAAUACUGCCCUCCCUCCACCAGGCGCUUCAGCCCUCACCUGUCACAGUACAGAGAAGGAGCGUCCUACGCACUGAGGAAAUAACAAAAUGGCAAGACAACAGGAUGUCCACUAAGCAGGUAACCAUCACAGUGACACAGAGCAUCAGACACGUGGACAAGAGUGGGAAGAUUAAGGAGAAGUCCCUCACCACCUUCGAGGUCAUGAAGCCUGUAGAAGGCCUGAAGGACGUGGCUGAAGCACGUAGUAGGAACAUUAGGGAAUAACACUGUGAUACACUGAGGUCUGAGGGGUAACAAGGGGACAAAGCUAAUGACAAAAGUGUGGUUUGGAAAGACAAUGAACGCUGUGAGAUAGACUGUAUCGUUGAAUGGACUUUACUUUGAGGGGGGAGAGAGAGACAAUAAUACCAAAAUGCUGUUUGAUGUUCACGAGGAUGAAAAAGAGAGUGAUUUGAUUUUAGAGAGAUAGAGGGUUUGAAUCCGUGGCACAAUUGGUCCCACUAUCUUGCCUGGGACCCAGACCUGAUAAGCAAGAUACCUCUACGGACAUGACACCAAAUACUGUUAGGAUGAGAGAGUUUGUGACUUUGUCUAACAAAGAUUAAUGCUUUUAUAAACUGGGCUUGGGACCAAGAUGUAAAAAAAUAAAAUAAAAAAAUUAAAAGGUUAAGUAUAACUUUGACCUGGUAUGAACUGAACUGCACUGUAGCGGCUGAAUGAUCGGCCAUAUUGAAGACAUAACAUAAACUAAUGUUCCUAAACAGAAAACGUGUCUUGAAGUAGCUAGUUUUGCAAUGUACUGUAUAUGUUUAGUAUUUCUAUGGGCAACUCGUUGGGCAGUGUUUGUUUGGUCUUGAUGGGAUGAAAAAACGUUUUUAGAGUGCGAUGUUUUACAAGAAGGUACGUCUUCUAAUGAAUAGGCACUUUUUUGUGAACAAAACUUUAUGAACUAGCUAGUGACUUUACAAACGAGUGACUUUAUUAACUAGUGACUGAAUGGCUUGAUUAAGAGGUCAUGCCACUAUAUAUCUAGUAUAUAGAGCUCUACAUGAACAGAGCUUGAUUCAAUCAGAGAGACAAUUUAGUUUCAAACGGAUUGACUUGUGAAGUGUGAUUAUUUAAAUCCUUCUUCUAGUGCAGGAAUGCCCCCCCCCCCCCCCCCC